UAUCCCUAAUCUUGCGAUGACUUUCUGACAAUCCACUUAUAAAAAAUUAAAAAACUAAGGGAUCUCAUCAUCUCAUCGCUUCUCUCAAAUCUUCUCUUUGCGUUUUCCCCCCAACAAUCAUGUCGACGAAGAAGAUCGUGUUGAAGAGCUCCGAUGGCGAGUCUUUCGAGGUCGACGAGGCGGUGGCCCUCGAGUCCCAGACCAUAGCCCACAUGGUCGAAGACGACUGCGUCGACAACGGGGUCCCGCUUCCCAACGUCACGAGCAAGAUCCUCGCCAAGGUGAUCGAGUACUGCAAGAAGCACGUCGACGCCGCCGCUUCCAAGAGCGAGGCCGUCGACGGUGGCGGUUCCUCCGACGAUGACCUCAAGGCCUGGGAUGCUGAGUUUAUGAAGAUCGAUCAAGCCACCCUCUUCGAACUCAUCCUGGCUGCUAAUUAUUUGAACAUCAAGAACCUGCUUGACCUUACAUGCCAGACAGUGGCUGAUAUGAUCAAGGGAAAGACUCCGGAAGAGAUACGCACGACCUUCAACAUCAAGAACGACUUUACACCCGAGGAAGAAGAGGAGGUGCGCAGGGAGAACCAAUGGGCUUUUGAAUGAUGUGUGAGAGAGAGAGGUCGUUGAAGCAAACCAACCAGUUUCUUGCUUUUUAUGUUGUUGCUUUUUUUUUUUCUGUGGAUGAUCAGUGUGGAUGAUGACUCUUGCUAUUUUCGUUUUGUAAUUCAUGACCUAUGUUCGUCUUGAAGAACCAAUGCUGGAUGUUUGCUUUUUAUGUCUUAAAAGAGUGAUGUUGGUUUGCCUUGCAAA